UUCACCGUAAACUAAUCCUAACCUUCCCGCCGCACUUACCUCCUCACUUUUCAAACUAAUGUGAAACCAAUUUUGGGAGAUUAUAAUUUUUUUUCUACUUCUUUUCAAAGGGCCACACUACCGACCAAUAUUUAUUUUUCUUGUCAACAAGCUCAAGUGGACGACCAUAUCACAUACCAAAUCAAUCUGACCUAAUAUUAAAAAAAAUUUAAAGCAUAGGAUACAAAGAAAAAAACAUCGAUAGGAAAUUAUGAACUUGGAAUCAAAGCUUAAUAAUUCUAUAGAUGAUAUUCUUCGAAGUGCUGGGUAUAUUUUCGAAGCAGUGAGUCGGAAUAAGAAGAAUAGCAAUCUUAUCACGGGGACGAACAGUCAAUUAGUGAGUCCGUUGAUUAUGGAACAAUUAUCAGGUAGUUUACAGAAAUUUGAUGAUAUUUUGGAUGAUACGAUUGGGAAGUUUAAUGAUACCAAAUGGUGUAUUGAGCAAAUAUUGGAGAACAAACUUAGACAAGAGGAAUUGAAGCUUCGAGAAGAAGAGGAGAGGCAGAGACAAUUGAAGGAGGCAGAGGAAAGGAAUAAACGAGAACUUGAAGAAAAGAAACGAAAAGAAGAACAAGAACGAUUGGAAGCGGAAACAAGAGCAGCAGCUGAAGUUCAAGCAGCGGCCAACCGUAAGCGUGAAAUGGAACUAGAACAAAAGAGACAACAAGAGGAACUUGAACGUAAAAAGAGAGAAGAUGCAGAAAAGGAAGAAGAAUUAAGGAAAAGGAAACAACAACAAGAAGAAGAAGAAGCACAACAGAAGCAAUUCAAUCAAGGAUUUGACACUGGAUUGGAUUUCUCACCUAGCUUUGACUUCAAUAUGGAUGAUUUUGGAGGUGCGAACGCAAAUUCUGUAGUUUCCACCAAAAGUAAUAACAAUAACAACAUCAAUAAUGGUAACAGCAUUAAUGGAAAUGGAGAUGGAGCCACCAAUCUGAAGGACUCUGGAUCAUUACUGGGUAGUAAUGACGUCAUUUCUAAUGGUGUUGGAGCCUCCAAUACUGCACCUACAAGUUAUAAUAGGGACAACAAUAAUGAUCCGAGUGCUGCAGCGGGUACUGAUGGGCUCGAUACAGAUAUGAAUACAUUACUAGGUACAGAUGCUCUGCUUCUUGAUGGGUUUAACAUGGACUUGCUUGAUCUGGGUGGAUUGGAAGGAGAAGAUGCUGGUAACUUGGUAGGUGAAGGUGAGGAAUUUGAUGUUGAUAGCUUUUUAAAUCAAUUUGGAGGUGGAGAUUAGGGCCCGAAAAAAAAAGAGAUAUAUAUAUAUAUUUGUAUAUAAGCAGGAGACGAAGUAGUAAAGACGACGAAAAGAUAAAUUAAU